AGGGCGCCUCACGUGCCAGAGCUACUGUAAUCGGUGGGGUUUGCACAGUGAGCACGGGUGUCUUCCCGGGUCUUCCUUCUCAGUUGUGUGUGUGUGUUUUUUACCCGUUUCCUGUUGUCUAAACCUGGGGGAAGAACUGAGAGCAUGAAUAAGGCUACAGAAUCAGCCCCGAACACUUCUUCUCCCCCUCCUGAAGCUGACAGGUGUCAGGCAGGGAUAGAAGAGGGAGACGCCGAGAAAGGCUGGAAAACAAGCAAGCAGGCAGUCGCUAAAGCUCGCUGGAAACUGCUCAGACAGGUUCUGAAGAAAAAACACAUGAACAGUUUGCAGCUUCAGCAAGUAUCAGUAAGGAGAUUUGCUUCAUUUAAUCUCUUCUCAGUAAGAGAAGACUGCAGAAAAGCAACAGAAGAUGACUAUGGGACAUGGGUUCAGUACGAAAGCAUUUUUUAUCCUCAAUACAGUAUAUCAUUAAGAUGCAACAGCGGACUCUUAAACGUUGAAGAUGUUCUGACAAGUUUUGACAAUACAGGAAACGUUUGUCUCUGGCCUUCUGAAGAGGUGCUAGCUUACUACUGCCUCAAGCACCGUGAAAUGUUCAGGGGCCUUGCUGUGUGUGAGCUAGGGGGUGGCAUGACAUGCUUGGCUGGGCUCAUGGUUGCUAUUUCUGCAGAUGUCAAAGAAGUUCUGUUAACUGAUGGAAAUGAAAAGGCCAUCAAAAAUGUAAAUGACAUCAUCAUCAAAAACCGAAAAGCAGACAUUUUUAGAGGUCAAGCUAUCUCAAGCCGCAUUUUACGAUGGGAUAAUGAGACAGAUGUCUCUCAACUGGAAGGACAUUUUGACAUUGUUAUGUGUGCUGACUGCCUGUUUCUGGACCAGUACAGAGCUAGCCUUGUGGAUGCAAUAAAGAGAUUACUCCAGCCCAGUGGGAAAGCAGUGGUAUUUGCUCCACUCCGAGGGAAUACUCUAAAGCAGUUUUGCAAUCUAGCUGAAAAAGCUGGUUUCUCUAUCCAAAGACAUGAAAAUUAUGAUGAGCACAUUUCAAACUUCCACUCCAAGUUGAAAAAAGAAGAAAGAGAGAUUUAUGAUGAAAAUCUCCACUACCCAUUCCUUAUUAUUUUAACCAAACAUGUAUAAUAUAUGUGGCAGGUAUAUUUUGAUUUUAAAGAAAAAUUACAGCGACAAAAGUAUGCCAUUUUAAGAAAAAGUGAUUCCAGUUUGUUGAGAUGAGAAAUCCCUGAACUGUAUAGUAAAUAUAUCAUUCCAAGACCCCCCCCCCACCCAGUUUUUCUUUAAAAGCCAGUCCAAUGCGAUGAAGUCUUUAAGAGCUCAAUUUCUCUCCCCCCCCCCUCGUGACUUCCAUCAUGCACCCGGUUGCUUCAUCUCGACAAAGAGUGCUUCUGCGAUUACAUUUGAAUGCAUCUGUUUUGUGGCUGUGUUUGACCAUCUGUAAAACACUAAAGGAUUUCUUGUUCUAGUAAGUGAAGAAAAGAAAGAUGCUGAUAAUUUAGGGGCAUUAUACACAACCUAUUGCAUUAUAGAUGCAGCUCAUCCUAUAUUUUGAUCCCCCCCUUGCUAUUCUCGAAAUUUGCCUUAUGGCUUUUCCUCCCCCCUCCACCCCCAGCAAAACGUUUCAAACUUGCUUUGCUUGAUUACUUAACGUUUUUUGACAACAGGAUUUUUUUUGUUCUCACCCCAUAGAUGUAUAAGAAAUUACUGCCUCAAACCAAAGCCUCAUAAACUGACCAUUUGUCCUCUGGACACAAUGGCUUGGCCAGCCCUCCGCUCCUCCUCUCCAAUUAUGUGUGAUUAGUCUCAGUGUGUUGUGUCAAGAAGGGGGAGUGUGCUGAGUACUUAUUAUCUGUUUAGGUACAAGAAGAGCACUGUGGCUAUGAAUGAAAAGUGAGCCUUUAUCAGUGCUGAAAUCUAACUGCAACUGUUCCACAGAUCUCUUGUUAAAAACAGAUCUUUGCCUGAGAAAUUCUCAGAGCUACAGCAAUUGUGAGGGAUUUUCUUCCCCCACAGAGGUAUGCAACCCCCGACUCCUAAAAUUAAUGUUCCAGCAUCUUGUUUUAACCUAUUCUAUGCCUCACGUAUAUGGCUAAUGGUUACUUACUACGAACAACAGUAAAGGUUAGGGCCCAGUGACUGGGGUUUGUUCUCUCACUGGUCUCACAGAAAAGUCUCACCAUCUAAGAAGCUGGCAGCCUGGAUUUAAAAAAAAGAUUCUAAACCCACAUACCUUUUCUCCCCCCUCCCCAGUUGUUUAAGAAAAAGAAUCCUGAUAAUAUCUCAUAUAAAUGCAGUUUGUUGUGCAAUUGGUUGAUGAAAUACAUUAAAAUAAUUACCUUUGGAUUGUUGCUUUUCCUCUCCGGUUUAACAAAUUGAAUUGUACACAAAAGUCCUGCUCCCUUCACUGCUCUUCUCCAACACGUUUCUUCACCACCAGUUUGCAUGUCCUUGUAUUCAACACUUUUUAUGCUCCAUUAGAGCACCUAUAUGGAUCUAAGAAGGCACAGGUCAAGUCGCAGUUAGAUCAUACAUUUCUUUCUCACAAAAACCUGAAUUGCAAUGCCAAGUGAUGGGCUAACAUCACAAUAACAGCAAUUUAUUCCUCUUUUGAUAAAACAGCAGUCUAUUCUCAGUGUUGGAUAAAGACCAGGGGCAAUGCAAACCAGCCAUUUAUCCUGGUAUUUCAGUGGUAGAUCCCCUUUUAUGGAUUUUAUGGAUUUCACAUUGAGACUCUACUGUGUGGAAUUUCUCCUAAGAAAUUAUAAGAAUUUAGAAACGACUUAGGUUUAUUGUAGAGGGAAUGCUCCAUCUUCUCAGUAUGCCUCCUACAGAUGCAACAUAUCCCAACAAGGUAGGUAUUCAGUAUAAAUCUCAACACAGACCCACAAAAACUGGUGAAAGUAUAAACCUUCUGUGCCUCUACAAAUGUUCUUAGGAACAGGACACAUUGAUGAACUUGACAAUUUUCAUCUAAUGGCCCUGGAAAUUAUUAGUCCACUCUUUAUUCCUCUGAGGAGAUAACAAGUAUAUCAAAAUGAACAACUAAUUAUUGUUGUUUGUUUCUUUUUCCUGCCUGUCAUGUCAGUACAAGCUGGUGUCUCAAAUGCAGGCUAUUAUCCCGUAAGGGUUUAAUUGAAGGGGUCUUAAGAACACGAUCCUGCAAACAUUUAUGCAUUGAGGCUGAAUGGUGAAGCAAAAUUGCUCAUGCAUAUAAUUGAUGAAAGGACGGGGGCCCUCGACUGUAGCAUUUGCUGUUUACAAUCAUUGUGUGAAUAAACAUUUUGCUUCAUUCCUUCUUUUCCCUGUCCACUUUAAGAAAAAUCAUAGAGGUGGUCUUUUUUGUGUUGUGUUAUGGGAUGCUCUUCUGAUUUUUUAACAAAUAUAGGAAUAUAUUCACUAAGUUUAUGGUAUAUUACUGGUAAAUAUUUCAAUGGUGU